AUGCUCAUCCACAUAAGGCAUAAUACACACCCAUACACACACACACACACACAUGUUCAACAUCCACACGCCCCUAGGUCUUGUUUAUGUAACGGAAAACGGAGGCCAUAUCCAGCCCCGCCGGUGGAGAAACCAGGGCGGCCACGAUGGCUUCCUCGCGGCGGAGAGUGGAGAGAAACGGAGAGGCGUAAUAGUGGGUUAUUGCAUAGAUGCCGCAACGGGCACCAGACCCCCAGGACUUACGGCCCACGAACGCCGCCGUCUGCUCUCUCCCGACGACCGCGAUUUCAUCCUGUUCUCUCCGGAUUCUCGUCCCGUUACCUCCAGCUCCUGGCCCCUCCCGGCUCGGGCUGGACAUGGAAGCGCGAAGCCCGCGGCGCCGCUCCGGCUUCCCUCCCCGCCCUGGGGACGAGGGACGACGAAAGGAGGUAUAUCGACAAGGCGAACUGGGAGAUGCCAGAGUCCCGUUCCCAACAGCUUCAUCUUGUCCUGCUCCCACCGUUUGACCCCACUGGUCUUUGCCUGGCGGUCGGCCAGCCAGCCAGCCAGCCGGCUUACUAG